AUGUCUUUAUCAUCGAGCACUGCUUCGUCCGAAACUGUUUACAAUCAUCAUCAUGAAAACAAACACUCACAUCUCUCAAAUGGCAACUGUGCAGUUGUCACAUCAUUGAAUAAUUGCGAAAAUUAUGAAAUCUAUAUUCAAAAUAUUAUUUCACAACUGGAGUCGGAUGACGUUUUAAUGAAAUAUAGCAUUUCCAAAGAAGAUGCAAGUAUAGCCAUCGAACAAGCAAGAGGAAUGAUGGAAUUACAUGGCAAAAAGUGGUUGUCAUUCAUUGAUUCUCAAUUACUUUCGUUCGAUGUCACUGAUUUUCAACGACAAGAAUUCAUUGACAACAUUUCCAAGUUCAAUUUGGAGAAAAUUCUCAUCACUGUCUUGAUGGAAAUUCGAGGAAUGGUCAAAAUGUCAGAAAUUCGAGAACGAAACAAUCUACUCAAUAUUUCAACUCAAGAAGUGUGCUUUCUAGUAUUUUAUACUUUUAAAUUUGCACUCGAGAGAAAUGUGGAUGAAUCGUUUUUGGAAUUCAUUCACAACAUUUGUGAAUUGGGUAUCGAUGGUGUGAAAUUUAAUGAAUUUCUCGUGAAUGGCACUCUACAUUUGGAUCCAUCACUCACUUUCUCUGAGGAACAACAACAUUCCAACAAUGAUAAAGCCACCACUGACACCACUGACACCACUGCCUCAAUACCAACAUCACCACCAUCACGACCUUCUCAUCAACAUCAAUACGACGGAGAAAAUGCUUCCAUGUUGGUUGGUGAUGAAACAAUCACUGUGAGUGAUCAUCCUAAGGAUGGUCAUGAUGAUGAAAGUACUUUCCAUGUGGGAGAGGACUUUCCCAUGAUGCAUCAUCCCUUUGAUGAUGAACAUUUACUGAAUGCAUUGCGAGCACUCCUCAUGUCCAUGCAUCCUCCUCCUCAUCCUCCUCAGGAACGUUCAGGUGAUUUCAAUAGAAUCACCACCUCUCUUAGUAGUGUUGUUGAAGAUCAAUUAUUACAACAUCAACAACCACCACCACCAAUGAUGUGCCUGAUGAGUAGUAGUAGGAUGAAGAACACGGUAAAGACCUCAUCAACUCUUUCUAAUGCAACUACUACCAUCACUUCUACCAUCACUUCUACCAUCACUAACACCACUCCUAGACCUACACUAUCCCAUCAUCAACAACAGAUACUACCACAACAACCACAACAAGAAUCACCAACUAGUUUAAUUUCUUCUUCUUCUUCCUCCUCUUCCAUAAUGAAUCAUCCGAAUCAUAAUAAGGGAAGAGAAGAAUCGAGUUCUCAUACGACGACCACUCUUCUUGAUCCCAUCAUGGAGGUGGUUGAGAAGAUUCUCGGACCAUCUCAACAACAACAAGAAGAGCUCUAUAAAGAGUAUCUACGAAAAGCAUAUAGUCUAUUCGGAUGGAUGGAGAAAUUAAGCCCUGAUGAAACCGAGUCGAUGCUUCCCAUCCUGGAUUCGUAUGUGUGCAGUAUGCCCACACAAUUAACCAUUUCUAACAACAACCAUUCUCCUAUUGAAUCAUCUUUUGUUUCUUCUUCAUCAUCAAUUGCUCGACUCAUGUUGGAGUCAAGAAAAGACUUUCUCCAAUUGAGAAAUAAGGUUCUCAAACGAUGGCAAUCGAAUAUGAAUUAUUUCAAAUUGAGAGGAAAAGAAAGGGAAGCACAACGAUGUAAGAAAUUGAUGGACAAUGAGAAAUUCAUUAACUUUGAAACAUGCAAUCAUUACUUUCCACAACGUUUCAAAUUUCAUCGAUUUUUCACAAGCAUGACACGAAAAGCUCAACACAAUGCGCUCAAGAUGAAAAUUCUGGUCACAAAAAUCUCAGAAAAUGAUACCAAUGAUGUCACAUUUCGAAGAAUUUCAUCUAUUUUCUAUAGCAACAAAUUUGGUCAUUAUCACUUAUCAUUGGUUAUUGGAAGUACGAAAAUCGAAUGGUGUGAUGGAAGUCUCGUGGUGGCCACUCCUAUGAAUAAUCUCCUUUCAGAUAAGAUUAUAUUUCAAUAUACUUGUUACAAGACAAGUGAUGCAAAAGAAAUCAACAGAAUUAUUGACACAGUGUCAGAAAUGGCUACCAAAUGGAAUCGAGAAAAAACCUAUUCCAUGUUCUUUUGCUCGUGUCAACAUUUUAUUGUAGAACUUCUUAAAGCAUGUGGAAUCAAUUAUCAACAGGAAAGUAGCAUUCAAGAACAAUUGAAAAGAUUAAGACUCUAUGAUCGAAGAAUUAUCUUUAGAAGGAGUUUUGAUGCCAUUCCAAAAACACUUGUCGACCAAUACUUUCGUGAUUAUUUAAAUCAACUUUUUCAGAGCUCAAAAACAGAUCUUUCCUAUGAUAGUGUGCCUUUGGGAUCAAAAGACAGCAUAGGAGAAUCUCUACAGAGAAUUGCACACUUUUUCACAUGUUCAACCAAAACAACCAUUGAACAAUUCAACCGAUUAGAACUCGAUUGUUUGUAUUAUAUUUUAACCCGCAGUGGAAAGAAGUCAAAUUCUGAUCACAAGUUGUUAGAAGCAUUCGAUCGAACCUUUCUCAUUGCUAACAAGACAGAAUAUAUUUAUGUGUCUUCCCUGUUUAAAAAACAUUUUGAAAACAACAUGACACACAGUCAAUUACCAAUCGACGAUCGUUGUGCCAAACAAAUUUUGCAACAUUCAAGAAUUGAACAGAAAUAUUUUGAGCUCAUUUACGAAUACAUGAAUCAAUCCAAGUAUGACAAGACGUGCCGAGAAGAAUUCUCGUUUAUUUGUCAACAAAUGAAAAGGUUUUGGCUGGUGACAAAAAUUUCGAGUUCUGCCUAUCAAAUGUCUUAUCAAGAGACACAGACUUCAGUGGAAAAUUUGCAAUGGAAUUGUCCCGAGUUGAGUGCUUUGACAAAUCUCAAAGAGUGUGUCUAUAAAAUUCAAUUUUAA